GGCUGCGUCACGUGUCCUAAAAAAUCCCUUCCCUUCGCGACUCCAUUGCGGAUCCCCAUCCCAGCUGCUUCCUUUUGUCUCGGCCACCGAGCGAGAGGGAGAAGAAUGGCCUUGCCUUUAGCCACGAUUACUCCUAUUCUAAGUCUUCGACGACUCCAAGCUCCUCGAAGCAACUGUGUCGCAGCCGCUGCAACACGGCUGUCGGGCGCUCGCGAAGCUGCUCUCUUCGGUCUUAAGUUCGCUUGCUGCCGUGCGACCGCCGUAUGGGAUCGACGUCCGAAGCCGGCGCGAGCCCUAAUGGUGGAGGAGGGAAGAACGGCGGCAACGGCGAGGAUCGUUACGGUGGUUGGGGACGGAAGCGUUAGCCCGUUGAAGAACACUCCCUGGGAGCAGGUCAUGCGUCAUACUUCAACUCGUCUAAAGUGGGUGGAUGAAGGAAUUGAAAUGGUUGUAUUUAGUGAUAAGGCAACUCAGUAUAGUGAUACUCGGCAUGAAAAUCUUGUGAGGGAACUGCUAUGUUCUGAUAUGUUGGUUCAUGUCGCAAUAAAUGAUCAGGAAUCCAUUGAAUGGCUUCACAAAAAUAGUGAUAGUGUUCCAAAUAUAAUAUGCUUUGAAUCAUCACCAGAUCUAAGAAACAAACUUGGAGGAUCAUUCGUUCACAAAAGAGGAGAAGAAAACAUGUUCAACAGACUGGUCAACAUUGCAAAAAAAGGAAAUAGAAGUGAAUCAGCAGAAGUGCUUAAGACUGUAUCGGGUGCUUGGGAGAGGUAUAAUGCUGAUGAUAUUAGGUUCUGUUUGCUUGUUAUCAUCAAUUCUUACAUAAGACCUGUUUCUGUACUAAAAAAUUUAAGGGCUAAAGGACUAUCCACUCUUAAUUGUAUGAUUAAAAAUUGCGGAUCUCAGAUGCUAAACUGUUUAUUUGAUCCCAACUGUAGAAAAGCUCUUCAGUGUUUGAACUCCUGUUCUCCAACAGAUCAGGUUUGUAACUACCGCUGCAUUGCCUCUUAUGAGAGCCCAUACCUGGAGGCAUUUUCUUUGUGUGUGUUGCAAAAGAACAAUUGUCUUGAGUUAGAUGCAGAGAUCCCAAGCAAGCCAAUUGUAACUCCAUUGUAUAUGUUUAGAGGAGAGUUGUUGAGCCAUGAAGUUGCGGAAGACCUUUUCAUCGGUUGGUUGGAUAAUUUAGAAUGGAGCUGGCGAGUCAUAGCCGGCCAAAAUCCUGCAUAUGACCAAUUCCCUUGUCAGUAUCAAUUGUUUUACAGGGGAAAGGCUAAAGGGUCAUUUUGGUAUGAACCAGUGUUUCAGGUCCGAACUCAAGAAGGGACAUUGGUAUGGAGACGAAGAAAGUAUCGGGUUAGAAGAGCAAGUGUUCCUGGAACAUUUUAUUUCAGCGUAUUAGAUAAUGGGGUAGUUUCUAAAGAAUUUUGGACAAUAAUAGAUGUUUGUGACGAUCUCAGCUGGGGUUUAUUUCAGUAUAACGGGGCAGCUCAGGUGGCUGGACUGUCGUAUACUGGGGCUGUGCUUGUUAGUCCAGACGGAAAUUUUAAACCUGAAUUGGGAGGACAAAGGCUAGUAUCUGCCUUGGAGAAAUGCAGUAUCAUGGACUGGGAGCUAUAUAGAGUUGAUAACUGUUCAUGCAAUAAUCCACCAUUAGGAAUUCCUGAGGGUUCGCGUCUGCACUCAAAGAUUGAACUGAGGAAUCAGAGGUGGGUCUCUCAGCAGCUUGGAUAACAAAGCAUUUAAAGCAGUUCUAGCGAUAUCAAAGGUUGAACGGAGGAAUCAGAGAUGGGUUUCUCAGCAGUUUGGACAAAUAAGUAGUUCAAGAGAUAACAAUAGAGUUAUUACCUCAAAGCGAGUUAACAGUUUCCUAUAUCAUAUGAGUCAUAAGGAGAUCAGUGGUUUUUGGGUCAUUAACUUUAAUCUUUGAAAGGAUCAAGUGAAACUUUUCUGUGUUCCUUGAGAUAUUUGCAGUUAUGAUGCAUUAAGAGUCUUCUCUCAAAGGAAGUAUAUAGGAGGCUCUUCCUGAAACUCUGCCAUUCAUCAUAUUCUUUCAGAUCAUCAUGCUUAGAAUGCAGGCAUCUGCUGAGGCACUGUAGCGUGUUAGUCAUACUCCUUCCAUGUAUACAGAGGAGGUUAAGAGGGGCUAUGCUGGGCGAUUUAACCGGAACUUGAGGCUUCUAUAACGAGGAAGCAGAACCAGAGAUGGUGGUUUGUCAAAGAAUCGCAUCGAGCUUCGGGCUGCUUUUUUCUUUCUACUUACUAUUUAGAGAUUGACUACUUUACCAUUAUUAGUUCAUCUACUUCUCUUUCGGUGCGAAAAAGUGACUUUGUAUCGCUACUUGAUGCAAUGAAUUUCGUCGAAGUGUCAUCUCA